AUGAAAUUUACAUUUAUCAGUUUACUGAUAUUGCUAAUUGGACAGUUAGUGAGUGCUGUUAGUCUUCCACGGACUCCUGAUGUCGAUGUUCAAUCGUUAUACCAAUCACUUCAGUACAAUCAAGAUGAACAACAAUUGAUUGAUAGUUUUGUCAAAGAAUUAACUCAAAUUACAAAGUAUAAUGGAACCAAUGCCACUCAGUGUAAUAGAUGUAUUAGAAGAUUGGAAGUUGGACAUGAUUUGGCUUUGUUGAAGCCAAAAUUGAUUCAUCCGGUGUUCAUUAAAUGGUGUAUUGAUAAUAAGAUUGACGAUGAAAUUGAAUGUAGAAUUCAUUACGGUAGAAAUACUGUUGAAAAUAAUACUUACGGAUCAGAUUUUGCUAAUAUGUUAUAUUUAAUGGACCCAUCGGGAUACGAUGGACAGUUAUACUGUUCAUACAUUGAAAAAACUUGUGAAAUUCCAGCAACUCCUAAGAUAGACUUGAGUGAUAAAUGGCCGGCCAAACAACCAAAACAUUACAUUGCACCAGAACCAAGUAAUGAAACUUAUAAUGUAUUGCAUGUGAGUGACUUCCAUAUUGAAAUGGAUUAUCAAAUUGGAUCCGAGGCCAAUUGCUCCCAAUAUAUGUGUUGUACUAAUCAUAAUUAUAAUAAAUUACAACCACCGAAAGGUUAUAAUUAUACAAAAAAUUCCAAUUUCACUCAAGAACAAUUAUCAAAUUUAAGUUUUUAUAAUGGUUUUUACGACGAUGAAUUGAAUUAUCAUAAAGAUCAAACCCCGGUUGAGAAUGUAUUAUCAAAUACAUCAAUUUGGCAACCAGCCACCGAAUUUGGAUCCUAUUUAUGCGAUGCUCCCGAAGUAUUGAUAAACAGCUCAUUAAAAUCAAUUGUUCAAUAUCAAGAAGAAUUAGGUUUGAAUUUUAAUUUUUCAAUUUUCACUGGAGAUCUAGUCGAUCAUGAUGAACAAGCAUAUAUUGGAUUUGAAAAAGCAGCUAAAAGUGAAGAAUUAAUUUUCAGAGAUAUGAAAUCAACUUUGAAAGAUUUACCAGUUUAUCCAGUUUUGGGAAAUCAUGAUACUUACCCUUAUGCCCAAUUAGCACAAGAAAAAUCUGGAUUCAAAAACUUAAUGGAUUGGAAUGCUAAAUUAAUGGGAGAAAUGUGGCAAGAUUACGGAUGGUUAAAUGAAUCGACUGCUAAAUACGCAAAAGAACAUUACACUGGAUAUUCGGUAACAACUACCCAGAAUUUAAAAGUAAUUGCAUUAAAUUCAAAUGCUUAUUAUUUAUCGAACUUAUAUAACUAUUGGAAUGCAACCGAUAUUGAUUCAUUUGGACAAUUUCAAUUUUUAAUUGAUGAAUUAGUUGCUAGUGAAGCAAUAGAUCAAAGAGUUUGGAUUAUUGCUCAUAUUCCUUUAGUUCAAGAAGCUUUACCAGUCCCUGCUGAAGUUUUCAAACAAAUCAUUCAGCGAUUUUCUCCUUAUACCAUUGCUGGUAUUUUCUUUGGUCAUACUCAUUUAGAUCAAUUCAAUGUUUUAUACGAUGGUGAAGUUUCUAAUAAAACUGAAGAAAAUGCUCAAAACAUUGCCUGGAUUUCCCAAGCCGUUACUCCUUUGACUGAAAAUAAUCCUUCUUGGAGAUAUUACUCUGUUGAUACUAAAACCCAUUCAAUCAUGAACUCCUAUAAUUAUUAUUUCAAAUUAAAUGAUACUUUUGUUAAUGAUUCCGAAGAACCCAUUUGGGAAUUCGAAUAUAGUGCAAGAGAAGCCUAUAACGUUGUUAAUUGGCCCGAUGAAUCUCCUUUGAAUGCUACUUUCUGGCAUAAAGUUGCAAAUAAAGUUAAUUCUUCUACCGAAAUUGCUCAAACAUAUAAUAACUAUAAGAAAAGAUUCAGUCCAUACGUUCCAGAUUGUGCCAACUCAAAGGGCUGUGAUGGUUCUUAUUGUUUCUUAGCUUCGUUCACCUAUAAAGAUUAUCGUGCUUGCAUGGAGUAUUAUAGCGAACCGAGCGCUUCAUUAUAG